UAGUAUUCCACGAAUAAAAGGCUGUAAAAAUGAGGCAGUGCAACCCAAGUUAAUGCGAUAGGAGGCAGCCGUCGUAGGAAUUGACCGGCCACAAUUUGGCCAGCCGUGUUUCAUCCCAGCACCAACACCACCCUUGAGAUCAGCUCUGAAUAGGACAGCAGGCAGCAAUACCUCCAAACACAGAGCUCAUUCAAAAGACGGGCACUGACCUUGUUGCCUUACGUGCUCAGUUACCACCAAGCUUACUCGAUUAAAUUCUCUAAUUAUUUCUACACGAAAUGCCUCCUACAAGUAAAAAGCACUAUAAAAAGACAAAUACCGACAGACCGUCUUGCAUAUUCUCCCCUCUCCCCGCUCGCGAGUACGAGCGUAGCUUAAAUCCAAAAGAGCUUGGCCGGUUUAACGAGCGAGUGCAGAGACUAGACAAACGGGUCUGGCGUAACUGCACCAGGCGCAAUGUAUCCGAAUUCUGCUGGGAAGUCCACGCGUGGGAGGACGUGUUCGACCAAAUCCGAGAAGAAGACGCAUUUCGAAUGGACAAAGUCGACUACACAGCGCUCGAAAAAGACAAAAACGGCAACUGGCAAAAAAUCAAACGAACGCCAGACGCAACUAUCGGUUUCCAGCCUACCCACGGCGGCUUCGAGACCGAAGUCCAGAGCGCACAGGGCUGGAUUCCCCUAUCUUGGAUCUGCGAGGUGACCCGCGUCCCAUUCGACCGGGACAACGACGCGAGGAGUUUCGUGUUCCCCUUCGCCGUCUACGAGGCCAAGAAGAGCUACUCCUCCGACUUCGAGGCAGAAGCGCAGAUCGCGCACGCUUGCGACCGCUACCUAGGACUGCUCGACAGUGUCGUCCGCGACCCCAGAGAUCCUGCCAAGUACCAGUGGCGAACCAGCCGUGAAUACCAGAUGUUUGCCUUCACAUCCUGCGCUUCCGAGUGGAGGGUAUACGUAGCUCGACGCUACGGCGAGUAUCACAACGUAGAGACAAUCUGGGCAGGCGACGUGAAGUAUCCAAUUCAUGCCGUAAGUCUAUUAAGUAUCAUCGAUCAAAUUCAGAAGUGGGCAGCCGACGUCUUUCGGCCGUUUGUUAUCAAACAUCUGGACAUACGAGCAAAACUCUCUAUGGACAGCACGCUCAGGUGGAAUAGGCAAGGAUUUGUUGGUCCCGAAGCCGCUAUGCCGCCGUGUGUCAUGCGGACAUAUCGCUGUCGUGAUGUACAUAAAUGUACGACAAGGCUUAAAUUUGUGCAGACUGAUGGCGAAAUAGUUCCGCCGGAAGUGUUAGGUCGAGUCUCAAGACUAUACUCCGGUGCCGUAGUAGUCAGAGAGCUUGUUCACAUAAACUAGUAGUAGUGCCAUGGAAGUUAUUCGCGGUGGUUGAAGUAUUUUAGGUACUUAGGUAUGUGUACCUAAGAUUAUAUUAUUAUUAGAUCAUAGAAUAAGUGUUUACCCGAGAGGAAACGGGCUUGUGACAGAAGACACCAUAUUGUCCCGUGUAAGAGAAGGAAGUUCGUAUCAGACAAAGAGAAGUUGUUAUUAAUAGUAAGCAUUUCUCUCGCUAUCUCUUGAAUAAUUCAUACUAUA